AUGGAUUUAGACAAUCAUGCAAAAAAACGUAAAGACAAAAGAAAACUAAAUGAGGUCAACGAACUUGAAGAAAAUAGUCACAAAAAAUCAUCAUCUACUUUAAAGAGAGAAGUUGAAAGAGAAGUGGGCGAUGGAGCUCCUGCUGAGAAUGAACUUGAACCCACUAAAAUAGUAACACCCGAAAAAUGUAAUAUGGGCCCAUCUGGCUUAUACCUAAAAAUAGAAAUUGAUGUUAUAUUAAUGGUUUUACUGGUAAUAGCAUUUUGGACACGUUUAUACAAUCUAGAAGAACCACGUUAUAUAGUAUUUGAUGAGUUACAUUAUGGCCGAUAUGUUUCACUUUAUACAAAAGGAGUAUUUUUUUUCGAUGCCCAUCCUCCACUUGGUAAACAAUUGUUGUACCUGGCUGGUAGAAUUGGUGGCUAUAAUGGUAACUUCACAUUUGAUAGAAUAGGAUCACCAUAUUCAGAGUCUGUCCCUAUCAGAGCUUUACGAAUGAUACCUGCCAUGAGUGGCAGUCUGCUUGUGGGUGUGUCUUACCAGUUAAUGCUAGAAAUCUCUAUGUACCAGUGGACAGCUAUACUAGCAGCUGUUUUAGUUUUAUUUGAGAAUUGCUUUCUAGCGCAGUCUCGUUUUAUGUUGUUGGAAAGCAUACAAAUAUUGUUUGGCUUAUGUGGAAUAUAUUGUGUUAUAAAAAGCACAUAUAAAAAUGGUACUGCUGCUUUUGUAUGGCUUUGUAUUGGUGCUAUUUCUCUUGGUUGUUGUUUUUCAGUGAAAUAUUCAGGCAUCUACACAUAUUACUUAGCACUGUUUCUAGUGGGCAGACAAAUGUGGCGACGUGUUGGUCAUGAUGAGUCCAGUUUGCGUCUUGCUCUGUCAGUUUGUUGGAGGUUAUUAGUCCUAAUAGCUUUACCUCUGACGGUGUACAUUGGCGUGUUUUAUGCACAUUUGACAAUGCUACCGAAAGCUGGUCCUCACGACAGUGUGAUGACAAGUGCGUUUCAAGCGUCGCUUCAAGGAGGGCUUGCAAGUAUAACUAGAGGUCAACCUUUGCACGUUUCCCAUGGAUCACAGAUAACACUAAGGCAUUCACAUGGUCGGACAUGUUGGUUGCACUCCCAUGCACAUGUAUAUCCUGUACGAUAUACAGAUGGUAGAGGCUCAUCGCAUCAGCAACAAGUAACAUGCUACAGUUUUAAAGACGUUAAUAAUUGGUGGAUUGUGAAACGCCCUGAUCAAGCAUCCUUGGCAGUGACAAAUCCUCCGGACACAAUCCGACAUGGUGAUGUUGUGCAACUACUUCAUGGUAUCACAAGUCGUGCGCUAAACUCUCACGAUGUUGCCGCACCUGUUUCGCCACAAUCGCAGGAGGUGUCUUGCUAUAUUGACUACAACGUAUCAAUGCCGGCUCAGAACCUCUGGCGAGUAGAGAUUGUGAACCGCGACAGUGACGACUCGACGUGGGACAGUAUCAGGUCACUAGUCCGCCUGAUACACAUGGACUCCGGCUCGGCGCUACGUUUUAGUGGACGUCAACUGCCUUCCUGGGGCUUCCACCAGCACGAGGUCGUCGCCGAUAAAGUCGUAACACAUCAAGAUACAAUAUGGAAUGUUGAGGAACAUCGCUAUACUAAAGCUGAAGACAGACGCGAACGGGAACGCGAACUAGUUUCGGCCGAAAUGAUUCCGACGGCGGCGACGCAGCUUACUUUCUGGGCGAAGUUCAUGGAGCUGCAGUAUAAGAUGAUUGCGCACGCGGCGGACGCGCCCACUGGACACAUGUUUGCGAGCGAACCGACCGAGUGGCCGCUACUUGCUAGAUCGAUCGCUUAUUGGCUAUCGCCACAUUCCAACGCGCAAAUACACUUAAUUGGAAACCUAGUGACGUGGUAUGCGGCAUCGUUAUCAGUUCUAUUUUAUAGUGGCUUAUUAGCGUUAUACGCAGUAAGACAACGACGAACUUGUAAUGAUUUACCUCCACAAGCUUCGCAGAAAUUUUACAAUGCUGGAAGAGGGGGCAAACGAGCAUGCGGCUCAUCUGACGGUACGUGA